AUGGCCCGAGCGGGUGUUUCGAAAGGCUUCCGUUCCCCACCGUGGGCAGACCGCAGUCAAACUCCGAUCAUUGAGGGAAUGAAGCAUGACACAAUCCUUCAGCCUUAUCGUCCCCAGCGCACAGCAGCAAAGUCGAGCCCUCCCGCGCCGAAUCCAAUACCGUUCAAAGCAAAUGCGCCAGCGAAAGCCCGACAGCGCCCCUCAAGUCGGCAAGCAUCGUCAAAACUGGGGAAAAGAGGGAGAAGGAGGGUCUCGCCUGCACAAAGCUCGAUCGAGACCGCAUCAUCUACCCCGAGCUUGCGGACUGCGACACGCAGGUCCAAGCGCAGCGACCCACCGCCGAAGCCAGGCGAGACCCCCGAGCAUCACAGGGCUAGGACGACUCACAACAUCGCGGAAAAGGAGUACCGUCAGCGGCUACAGAGAAGCUUCCAGCAGUUGCUCGACGCUCUUCCCGACAUCAUGGAGGGCACAGGCGAUGGCUCACGGCAGACGUGGAGGAAGCAGCACCGACAGAUGAGCAAGGUCGAUGUGCUCACCGAAACUACCCGGGUACUCGAAUUCCUGGAAAGCGACAACAGGAGAAUCAAGGCGGAACUAGAGCAGCUGAAGGGAAACAGACGUGAGCAUGGGAUGUUUACGGUUGAAGAAACGGUUCAAACGGAGGAUGAAAUACGCUUUAAUUCGCCCCUAGAAUAG